AUGACAAAGGAAUUCUUUGAAAGUGCGGACGUGCCCGCAGAGCAAACAUGGAUGUACGAGAAAGAGCUGCCUGAGGGGUACGAAGCCUCCCGCGCUCUUCUCCGAGACUAUAGUGGCAUUCCUGCAGAGGAGAUGGACAACCACAUACGAAAGAUCCGCGACUCGCUGUGGAAGGUUUUCCACUACCCGUGCAUCGGGCGCUGGCGGUUUCUCCUGUUGGCCGACCCACAGGAUGCGUUGUAUCAAAAAGUCCUAGGUCGACUAACUCAAGCGGACCCGGGAGACACGCUGUUGGACCUGGGCACUUGCGUCGGACAAGCUCUCCGGCAACUCGCACACGACGGUGUUGACAGCUCCCGGCUUUACGGAGCGGAUGUGCAACGCGAGUUUCUGGACAUCGGCUACGAUCUAUUCCGGGACAAGGGCCGGUUCCGGGGUACGCUUGUGGCGGGCGACAUCUUGGACCCGGCCGACACGGGUCUUUCUGUGCUUGACGGACAAAUCAGCAUCAUCUGGGCCAAUGCCUUCUUCCACUUGUUCGACUGGAAGCAGCAGGUGAUGGCAGCGGAACGCAUCAUCAAGUUCCUCAAGCCGGGACUUCAAGACGGGCUUGUCUUCGGACGGCAUCUGGGGACUACGGAGCCGAAGGAAAGCGACAACAGGGGGCGCCGGAUGUAUCUGCACGAUCAAGCCAGCUUCCAGCGCUUAUGGGACGAAGUGGGGGCGAAGACGGGGACAAAGUGGAAAGUGUGGUGGGAGCAUGUGGCCGUGGUGGACUCGCUCCCCGGGUUCGGAGACACGGCCAGGAUGAGUCGGUACGCCGUCUACCAAGUGAGGAGGGACUGA